CACGGGGCCCCGGGUCGGGGGGAACCGGGAACCUGGAACCUGGAGCGGGGUUGCUGUCUACUCCAAGUCCGGGCGGCGGGGAGCGCGGAGUCUGUUGGGAAGGGAGAGAUGUUACGGGUUUUGUGCUCUGAGGAGAAAGCACAAUGUCUCUCUAUGAUGACCUGGGUGUGGAAACCAGUGACUCCAAAACUGAAGGCUGGUCCAAAAACUUCAAACUUCUUCAAUCUCAGCUUCAGGUGAAGAAAGCAACACUUACACAAGCAAAGACACAGCGAUCAAAGCAGAGUACCGUUUUAGCUCCUGUGAUAGACCUGAAGCGAGGCACUGCAGGGGAAGACCGACAGAUUGUUGAUACACCACCUCAUAUAGCAUCUGGUUUAAAGGACCCAGUACCGAGUGGAUUCUCGACAGGAGAGGUACUGAUUCCACUGGCUGACGAGUAUGAUCCCAUGUACCCAAAUGACUAUGAGAAAGUUGUAAAGCGUCAGCGCGAAGACAGGCAGCGACAACGCGAGCUGGAACGGCAGAAAGAAAUUGAAGAAAGAGAGAAGCGGAGGAAGGAGCGCCAUGAACAGCCUAGCGGCUUUGCUAGAAGACCAGACCCAGAAUCGGAUGAAGAUGAUGAAGAGAAGGAGAAGGAAAGGCGAAAAAGAACUAUGGGAGGAGCGGCAAUCGCCCCACCUUCAUCGCUCGUUGAAAAGGAUAAAGAACUCAUUCCAACUUUCCAGUACGAGGAGGAAUCGCGGUCUCGGAAUGCCCCUGCCAAAGCUGCCAUUCCUCCACCAGUGUAUGAUGAACCAGAAAGACCACGGUCCCCACCCGGUCCAACCAACUCCUUUAUUGCAAACAUGGGAGGUACAGUGGCUCACAAGAUUAUGCAGAAAUAUGGCUUCCGUGAGGGACAAGGCUUGGGGAAACAUGAACAAGGGUUGAGUACGGCACUGUCAGUGGAGAAGACGAGCAAACGUGGAGGAAAGAUCAUUGUUGGUGACAGUGCAGAAAAAGUAGAAAUGCCAGCGACAGCUAAGAAAUCAGAAUCAAAUCCUCUGACAGAAAUCCUGAAAAACCCUACAAAAGUGGUUCUACUGCGGAACAUGGUGGGAGCUGGAGAAGUUGAUGACGACCUGGAAGGUGAAACCAAGGAAGAAUGUGAAAAAUACGGCAAAGUGACCAAGUGUGUCAUAUUCGAGAUUCCAGGAGCACCUGACGAUGAGGCAGUCCGAAUAUUUGUGGAGUUCGAGCGGGUUGAAUCUGCAAUCAAAGCUGUGGUUGAUCUGAAUACAAGAUACUUUGGCGGCAGGGUGGUGAAGGCAUGUUUCUACAACUUGGAUAAAUUUCGGCAACUGGAUCUUGGCGACCUCUUCUAAAGGCACAGUAUACUGCAUCCAUCGGCUCCCUGUGCCUGGUGUUAACCGUCCCGGAGGUGUAAAGGAGUGGAAGGAGAAUUAUUACUAAUUCUAAAAUGACAACUGCUAUCCCUAGUUGUAGCCAUUUGUUAUACUUCUGCUUUCAUCAGUUUCGCAACCUGAGAUGCUGUUCCUUCUGGGGGGGGGGGGGGGCCUCCUCUGUGAUUUGUCUUACCCACAAAUUAUACUCAUUCAAUGGUUUAUGACAGCGUCCUGUUUGUUCCUUUUUGUUGGGUAAACAUUUACAACACCAAUGUUAUUUUCUUUCAUAAUUUAUUACAAGUAACAAAUACCAUGCUGGAUUUCUCAUAAAAUUCACUGACUUGGGAAGGCGAUUUGCAUUUAAGUCGCUUUCAUUCCCCUAUUAGGAGCCUCGUCAACUGGAGGGGGCAUCAUUGGUAUCCUUAAUGUGACUUAUUCAGUGUCCGUAAUCCAUUGUUAACAUCUGUGUCAGAACCAAUUUAAGUAAAAAUUACAAACCCAGUUUUACAGUAAAAUGAUUUGGUUGUGAAUUAAGAGUGACUAUUAUUUGAAUACAGUACCAUUUCUAAUAUGUGAGCAUCUGAUUGAAGUAAUUGGGAACUGGCAGGUUUCUCAUUUCCAAUUCUGUCUCAAAUUCGCAUGCCACUGUUCUGAAUUUGGUCGUGUUUUCAUCUUUUUUUUAAGAAAAAGCUAAGUAGUGGCAGAAAAAUCUUAAAUGACUGUAAUAAUUUUUGUAAAUUAAGUUGUGUUUUAACUAUCACUGGUUAGAUUUUCGCAGCCUUAAACAGUAGUUAUGACCAAUUCUGUUAUUGCAUUGAAUUGUUGUAUUGCCUCAAAGCUGACGAACAUUUUUUUAACUGUGCAUAUGCUUUGUGACUUGCAAUAUCCAGGAAAAGAUAAUUUGUUUCAUAUUGUAUCAAAGUAGCAAACAACAAGAGCCAUGCAGAAUUGGCGUUUUUAUGACAGUGAUCUGGUCUAUUUGAGUAAUUGCUCAUAAAGGACAAUUUUAUAUCAGUGCAUUGGGAAAAAAAAAGAAGAACCUCUGAAUAAAGAGAACAUAUUCUUUAACACUC